UACCAUUCAUUUCUACCAUACGAAACAAAAGGAAUAUCACACUUUUAUAAACACUUCCAUUAUAAAACCUAUACAACUCCUUCCCAACUUCCACCCAUGGUUGUGUCCAAGCCUACAAAAAUGGUUGCCAUGGAUUUAGAUCAAAACCUUGGCCUGAAAUCCGACGAUGAUCGCGGCUCGAUUAUCGAGGAAAUCAAAGGCCUAAUCAAGCUAUACAAAGAUGGGUAUGUAGAGAGAUCACUCAAAGCUAUGUCAUGUGUUUCUCCUUUCUUAGCUCCAGAUCUUCAAGUUAAUGCUAGAGAUGUUUUUAUUGACAAGAUCACAAAUAUUUGGGCACGUGUAUAUGUUCCAAAAUGCAACAAUCAAGACUAUUAUACUAAUAAUAAGUUGCCAAUUAUAGUUUACUUUCAUGGAGGUGGAUUUUGUGUAGGCUCAACUGCGUGGAAAUCUUAUCAUAACUUCCUAGGAAAUUUAGCAUCCAAAGCACGGUGCGUAAUUGUGUCGGUGAAUUACCGUUUAGCCCCUGAAGAUCCUCUUCCAGCGGCUUAUGAAGAUGGAAUGAAGGCCCUCAUGUGGGUAAAACAACAAGAAACAAUGGGUCAAAACAGUGAAUUUUGGGCCAAGUAUUCUGACUUUUCUAGCAUAUUCCUAGCUGGAGAUAGUUCUGGUGCAAAUUUAGCUUACAAUGUGGCCUUAAAACUUGGUACAUCUCAUAAUAUGCCCUUAAUUGUAAAGGGAAUUAUCUUGGUACAACCAUUUUUCGGAGGCGAAGAGAGGACUAAUUCUGAGUUGAUUAAGGUCCAAUCUUGUAAAUCAGCGUUGAGUUUAGCAGCCAAUGAUACAUAUUGGCGAUUAGCAAUGCCUUCCGGCGCGAACCGAGACCAUCCAUGGUGCAAUUCGUUAAGGAAAGAUACAAAAAAAUUGGAGAAUAUGAGGGUGAUGGUAUGUAUAGCAGAGAAAGAUAUACUAAGAGAUAGGAAUUUAGAGUUAUGCACUUGUUUAGCUAAGAAUGUAGGCAAUGAGGUAGAGUAUGUAAUUAGUGAAGGUGUGGGACAUGGAUUUCAGAUUUUGGACGAGUCUCAGUUCUCACAAAAUCGUAAGAAGGAAAUGGUUUCUCAUAUUGUGGAGUUUGUUAGCAAAUAUACUAGAUAACUCAACACUGGUUGUUAGCAAAAUAUCUUAGCUUAUGUUUGUCCUAUUGUAUAAUAAUGUAUGUUGACUUUGUGAAAAGAAGAAUAAUUAUGUACAUGACUACCCUUAUGUAAAUUUGGAUGAUAAUAUGAUAUUUAUUUCAUUAUUAAUUUUA